GAUGUGUAUCACUAUGAAGUGGAUAUCAAGCCCGAUAAAUGUCCACGCAGAGUCAACAGGGAGGUUGUGGAAUACAUGGUGCAGCACUUCAAACCUCAGAUCUUUGGAGAUCGGAAGCCGGUGUACGACGGGAAGAAGAAUAUCUACACCGUCACUGCCCUGCCCAUCGGAAACGAACGGGUUGAUUUUGAGGUAACGAUCCCAGGGGAAGGCAAAGACCGGAUAUUUAAGGUCUCCAUCAAGUGGAUGGCGAUUGUGAGCUGGCGGAUGCUCCACGAGGCCUUGGUGAGCGGGCAGAUCCCCGUCCCGCUGGAAUCUGUCCAGGCGCUAGAUGUUGCCAUGAGACAUCUGGCGUCAAUGAGGUACACCCCUGUGGGCCGUUCCUUCUUCUCCCCUCCUGAAGGUUACUAUCACCCUCUGGGAGGGGGCAGGGAAGUUUGGUUUGGGUUCCACCAGUCGGUCAGGCCUGCCAUGUGGAAGAUGAUGCUCAACAUUGAUGUGUCGGCGACAGCCUUCUACAAAGCCCAGCCCGUGAUCGAGUUCAUGUGCGAAGUGCUGGAUAUCCGGAACAUCGACGAGCAGCCAAAGCCCCUGACGGACUCGCAGAGGGUGCGCUUCACCAAGGAGAUCAAAGGUUUGAAAGUAGAGGUGACCCACUGUGGGCAGAUGAAGAGGAAAUACCGUGUGUGUAACGUUACCAGGCGACCAGCCAGUCACCAGACGUUCCCCCUGCAGCUGGAAAGUGGGCAGACAGUGGAGUGUACAGUGGCUCAGUACUUCAAGCAGAAAUACAACCUGCAGCUGAAAUACCCCCACCUGCCGUGUCUGCAGGUCGGCCAGGAACAGAAGCACACAUAUCUGCCCUUGGAGGUGUGUAACAUUGUGGCAGGCCAGCGGUGCAUCAAGAAGCUAACAGACAAUCAGACAUCAACCAUGAUAAAAGCAACGGCGAGAUCCGCCCCGGAUAGACAAGAGGAAAUCAGCCGACUGAUGAAGAAUGCCAGUUACAACCUGGAUCCGUACAUACAGGAGUUUGGGAUAAAGGUGAAGGACGACAUGACGGAAGUGACGGGGAGGGUCCUUCCAGCACCAAUCUUACAGUACGGAGGCCGGAACCGGGCGAUCGCCACUCCCAACCAGGGCGUGUGGGACAUGCGGGGGAAACAGUUCUACAACGGGAUCGAGAUCAAAGUCUGGGCUAUCGCCUGCUUUGCCCCCCAGAAGCAGUGUCGAGAGGAGGUGCUGAAGAACUUCACAGACCAGCUGCGCAAGAUUUCGAAGGAUGCAGGGAUGCCCAUCCAAGGCCAGCCAUGUUUCUGUAAAUACGCACAGGGUGCGGACAGCGUGGAGCCGAUGUUCCGACACCUUAAAAACACCUACUCCGGGCUCCAGCUCAUCAUCGUCAUCUUGCCAGGGAAAACACCUGUGUAUGCGGAGGUGAAGCGUGUUGGAGACACGCUCCUGGGGAUGGCCACGCAGUGCGUUCAGGUCAAGAAUGUGGUGAAAACCUCCCCGCAAACCCUCUCCAACCUCUGCCUCAAAAUCAACGUCAAACUGGGCGGGAUCAACAACAUCCUCGUGCCUCACCAGCGCUCGGCCGUCUUUCAGCAGCCAGUGAUCUUCCUGGGUGCCGAUGUCACUCACCCACCAGCAGGGGAUGGGAAGAAGCCUUCCAUAACGGCUGUUGUGGGCAGCAUGGAUGCCCACCCGAGCCGUUACUGUGCCACGGUACGAGUCCAGCGCCCUCGGCAGGAGAUCAUUGAGGACCUGUCCUACAUGGUGAGGGAGCUGCUCAUCCAGUUCUACAAGUCCACCCGCUUCAAACCCACCAGGAUCAUCUUCUACCGGGACGGGGUUCCAGAGGGGCAGCUCCCGCAGAUUCUUCAUUAUGAGCUGCUGGCAAUCCGAGACGCCUGCAUCAAACUGGAGAAGGAUUAUCAGCCCGGCAUCACAUACAUAGUUGUCCAGAAACGGCACCACACCCGCCUCUUCUGUGCGGAUAAGAACGAAAGGAUUGGCAAGAGCGGGAACAUCCCGGCUGGAACAACUGUGGAUACGAACAUCACCCACCCGUUCGAGUUUGACUUCUACCUGUGCAGUCAUGCAGGCAUUCAGGGUACGAGCAGACCUUCCCAUUACUACGUCCUCUGGGACGACAACCGGUUUACAGCAGAUGAGCUGCAGAUCCUUACGUACCAGCUCUGCCACACCUACGUGCGCUGCACCCGCUCCGUCUCCAUCCCAGCACCAGCAUAUUAUGCCAGAUUGGUGGCAUUCAGGGCGCGUUACCACCUAGUGGAUAAAGAGCAUGACAGCGGAGAGGGCAGCCAUAUAUCUGGACAGAGCAACGGCAGAGACCCGCAGGCGCUGGCAAAGGCUGUGCAAGUUCAUCAGGACACUUUACGUACCAUGUACUUUGCUUGA